AUCAUCAUUCCUUAUAAUGCUAUGUACGACAGUGAUCACAACUUCUACUGAAGUGUAGAUGGCUGUUGGCUCGCUAGAAGCACAUCUGCCCUUUGACAGGUCUUGUUUUUGGCCCCGCUGUGGAUCCACAGCCCCCUCCUCACCGAACCAUGGGGGGGGGGCAGACGGUUUAGUCUCUGACUAUCCAACCAUGGAGCAGGUAGCACAGGAUUGCAUGGUACCCAUGGCGGGGGAACUCCCCCCGACCUUAGCUGAGAGAUUGUCCUCAAAUAUCCAAAGUCACCCUUAUUUUUUUAUGGAAACAUAUUGUUGUUUUGCAGUGUUUUACAGCAGGGUCAGGUUGGUGAUAGUCUUACUUUUGAAGAACUGUCCAUUCGCUUAUGCACUUCAGCAAACAAGUCUGUCAACUUGGAAUUUAGCUUCCAUGUAGGCAAGUGUUACCUGCCUGCUGCAGCUCAAUGACUGAGGUUGUAAUGAUCUUGAUUUGGGUUGAACAGUUUAUCAUUCAUGCUGUAGAUAUGCUCAGCCAGAGAGGAAGUUUCAUAGAGAGUAAAGUGUACAAGAACACAAGGAAAUUGGAGAAUGAUUAGACCACCUGGUCUCUCAAACCUGUCCCAUCUUUCAAUAUGAUCUUAGCUGAUGAGGCUGUGACUCAACUCCUCCUCUGUGCCAUUGCCUCAAUUCCCUGAUCUCUCAAAAAUGUAUUCACCUCCUAUGUAAAUACCUACUGUGAUCCAGCAUCCACUGUCCUCAAUGUAAGAGAAUUCCAGAAAUUAAUUUUCCUCUGGGAGAAAUAAUCCAUUAACCUCAAUUAUAACUAUCUCCUAACUACGAAAACAUCUCAACGUGUUCCCUGCCAUGCCUCCUUAGGACCUAGCAUUUUGAUUAAGGUUAUCGCUCAUUCUACUAAAUUCCAAAGAGUACAGGUCUAAUCUUUUUAGCUGUUUGUGAUCCUAGGAAUUUGCCAAGUUAAUUUCUUCUGAAGUACCUCCAAAGCUAGCAUAUCCUUAGGCAAAGCUAGCAUAACUGUUCCAAAUGCAACCUCAACAACAUCCUGCAUAAUUCUCAAACUUCUCUACUUCUGAUUUCCAACCCUCUUGCAAUUUUGUGGUGAGUAAGAUUUGGAAGAAAGUUUGAACGAUUGCAUGGUUGUGAUCUCUGUCUUCACUGGGAUUGUGUUUUUAUGGUGGAUCCAUUGGUUUGAUUCAGAGCUGGCUACAUCAUGGCAAAUAUUAAAGUGAAUUACUGAAGACACUGGAAUCCUGAAAUAAAACACAAAAUCCCAACAAUGUCCAAUGAGUCUAGCAGCAUCCAUGGGAAAGGAAAUAGACUUAAUCUUACAGUACUGAAGGAAGGGCAUUGGCCUGAAAAGUUAAAUAUGUUUAUGUUUAUUAUUGUCACCUAUAUCAAGGUAUAGUGAAAGGCUUUGUUCAAAUCAGAUAAUACCUAACCCUGUACAAUCAAGCCAAGCACAAGUAUAAUAGGUAGUGCAAAGUGAAAGAUACAGCAUACAGACUAUAGUUCCCAGUAUUGGAGAGACAAAGUCCAAUGUCCACUGUGGGAAAGGUUAGAGAACCAUAGCUUCUGGAAGCGGCAUUCAGAUGCCUGAUAACAGACAGGAAGAAGCUGUUGCUGAGUUUGAUGCUGCACGCUUUCAUGCUUCUAUAUGGGAGGAGGGAGAAGGAACGAAGGGGGGUGUUUAUUAAAGGUCUUUAGCUUUUCUUAGAUUUUGCCGAGGCAGUGUGAAGUGUAAAUGGAGUCAACGAUGAAAGUCUGAUCAGUGUGAUGAACUGGGCUGCAUUCGCAAUUCUCUGCAAAGUCCGAACGGUCCAUAUUGAGACCUCACCCAUUCCUUCUCUCCAGAGAUGCUGCCUUUUCUGCUGAGUUACUCCAGCGUGUUGUGCCUAUCUUCGGUGUAAACCAGCAUCUGUAGUUCCUUCCUACACAUUUCGUUGCAACUUCAUGUGGUCUUGGGCAAAGCCGUCCCCAAACCAAGUAGUAGUAACGCGGCUGAAAGGGUUGUAUCAUGUGACUAACUCCACUCAGGGUAGCAAUUAUGUUUACAGAAAUGAUCCAGGGGGAGUCUGUGAGGAGCCCUUGAAUAAACUACACACUCCUGUCUAGAGCUCCUUGUCUAAAAUGUAUUAAUUUAUACACUCGCCAAAUGGAGUUAAUCAAAAUUAAGAACCCGUUAAGCACUAAUAAACAGAUAGAAUAAGUCAUUAACAACAAUAUCAAUGGUAGAAAUUCAUGAUUUAUGAAAAUUAUAUCGCUAAUGACUAAAUUCAAAAAUCCUUCAUUAUUCAUAAAUUGCUUUGGGACAUCCUGAGAUCGGGAAAGAGCGCCAUGUACAUUUCCACACAGGGAUUAUUCGGUUAUUGCCGAUAAAGUCACUAUGUCCCUAGGUGCCGCCUGUGUCGUCCAUCUCUUUGUAUGGGAUUUACUGUAACACGGAACGAUAAAAUAUCUUCCCAACUUAUAUUUGGGUCAUUAAUUCCUUUAAAAAAAAUCUUCUUGCACAAAAGCAACAGGAAUAGUGAGGUCUAUCGGCAGUGAUUUGCUACCACGAUGGUUUGUAACAAAACGCCGUGGACAGCCAGCCCACAUCACAGUGUUAGCCUAGUGACCCACACAUCUCCCUCUUCCUUCCUCGUGGGGUGUGUGAGAGAAACUCACGGUUCUCCGUCUCAGCGGCCGCUCGCCCAACGCUCGGCGAGACCGGCCGCAGUUCACGCCCUGACGUGAUUGACGAGGCGGCGGGGCGGGCUGCGCUUCGCUUCGCUCGGGAGGGGAGCAAGAGGCGUGUUGGGGCCACUGGCUCCACCCCGUCCCCCCAGCCCGGUGUGAUAGAUAGGCGGAGAGUGGGCGCCGACACUGGCAGUCUCUGCUCUCACGCUUCGGUGUGUUGGCUCCGUUAGCCGGUGUUGUUGCCGGCCGUCUCUGUUGGGGGAGCGGGCUGUGAGGAUGUAGCUCGGCUCUUUAUGCUGCUCCACACACGUUGCCGAUCGGAAUUUGUACUCUUUAUUUUUCGCCAGCCCCUGCCCCCUCCCCUCUCCCCUCUCUUUUGUAUUAUGGGGAAAGAGCAGGAACUUCUGGAAGCCGCUCGGAUUGGGAAUGUAGCUGUGGUGGAAAAAUUGCUAAGUGGCAAAAAGGGAUUAUUGGGAAGUGGAUCGGGUUCCAUUCCACUCUCCAGCUUACUGAGGAAGCGGUUUCUGCAUUCCAAACUGUCACCCACAAGCAUUUGGCGUGGACCCAAUGUCAACUGUACGGACACCUCUGGUUACACAGCCUUACAUCAUGCUGCUUUGAAUGGACACAAGGAUGUGGUGCUGAAGCUCCUUCAGUAUGACGCCUCCACCAACGUUGCAGAUAACAAGGGCUGCUUUCCUCUUCACUUGGCUGCUUGGAAGGGAGACAUGGAUAUUGUAAAAAUUCUAAUCCAUCAUGGGCCUUCCCAUUCACGAGUGAACGAGCAGAACAAUGAGAAUGAAACAGCACUGCACUGUGCAGCACAGUAUGGACACUCAGAAGUGGUGGCUGUUCUCUUGGAAGAAUUGACUGAUCCCACUAUAAGGAACAAUAAGUUUGAAACGCCCCUUGACUUGGCCGCACUCUAUGGUCGUCUGCAGGCAGUCAAGAUGUUAAUAAAUGCACAUCCAAAUCUGAUGAGCUGCAAUAGCAAUAAACAUACUCCUCUUCAUCUUGCUGCCCGCAAUGGGCACAAGUUUGUGGUCCAUGUCUUGCUUGAUGCAGGAAUGGAUGUGAAUUGCCAGACUGAAAAGGGUAGUGCUCUUCAUGAAGCUGCCUUGUUCGGCAAGAUGGAUGUUGUCCGAAUUCUGCUAGAAGCAGGAAUUGACGCAGGUAUUAAAGACAUAGAAGAUUGGACUGCGUUAGAUAUUCUGAAGGACCAUCCAUCACAGAAAUCACAACAAAUCACAGCUCUUAUACAAGAUUACAUUGUGCAAAAGAUGGAUCUAAAAGGGGCAGAAGAACCAGGGAAGCAGUGCCCAGUUCCCACUCCUCAGUCUUCCAUUUCAUCACCAACGGCCUCGCCUUCCCUCAAGGUCAAAGGUGGAUCACUACCCAAGGAGCUAUCGCAGCUUUUGCUGGAAAUCAGAGAGAGCCAGGAUAAAGAUUUUGAUGACUUGUGCCAAGCAAUCUCUUCGUGUUCCAUUGACAGUUUUACCAGUGUGAAGAUUUCUGAUGAUGAUGCUGCAAAGUGUGAAAACCAACCUAAACAUUCCAAGCCACGGGAUCAGCCAUCUCCUCCAAGAGGGACACCACAGACUGACGAGGACGAAGGAGAGAAGAGCUGUGGACCAGCAAGACUGUGGGAAGCAUUCACUCCAUGCAAUGGCUGUCGACCACUUGGCUUUCCGAUUUUAACACAGGACUCAGAAACGAGGAAAGAUGACCAAAGUCUGGAUAUCAGGCUGUCUCCAUCGUUGGACAGUUUCCCUCCAGAAGAGGAGGACAAUCCUUAUGAAUUCCUGACCACCGCUGUCACAAAGAAACCACGUUCCCUGGAAAUAUCCAGGGUGUCUUCAGGAAUAACAGAAAUUGCACCACAAGUAACUAUCACUGCACCAGGGGCUAAUCACCAGAGGAAAAGUACAGGCCCCACCCCAGAUUGUUCACCUCCAUCCCCGGAUACAGCACUGAAGAACAUUGAGAAAGUUAUCCGACCCCAGCCUAAACAAAGAACUUCACUAAUUUCCUCACAAGAGGUGUACAGACCAAGUCAUGUUUAUGAUCAAUCAGAAGUCAGUUCAUCUGCAGGCUAUGCCAGCGUUAACACCACACCUCCCAUUAGCCCUGCCAACUAUUCUAUUGGAUCGAUGGAGGGCAGUGAUAUAAUAGAGGAGAAUCUUUACCAGCGGGAAGCCUCUGCGGAAGAAGAACUCCACGAUGGACACAUCCCUAAACAAUUUGUAGGUUUAUUACAUGGUUCUUCCCCAGCUUGUGAAUCUCCAGAGAAUCCUUAUCAUCUGUACACUAAAACGCAGAGGGAGUUCACCAGUGACAACACCUUGAGAAUCAAAGAAUCAGCCCAGGAGCCAGAUUUAAUUAAAACAGAUUCACUGCAAUGUACAGAUGAAACAAACGAGGCACAAGUGUUGCAUGAUGACGGUGAUGCAUCAAUAUUAGACAACGAAGGCAAACCUCAAGUUGUCUAUAAGACAAUUUUCCAUACAAAAGUGAACCAGAGUGACAGUGACACUUUUGUCAGCACCAGAACUUUUCGGAAAGACGAUCCCUGGAUAAGCAACAUUGGAGAGAAGCUUGGCUUUGAAGAUAGAGCAUGCACUUUAGGACGGGUAAGAUCAGGAACAAAGACUAUUCUUGAACUACAGUUAGCCAGAAACAUUUCAAAGUCGGACUCCAAUCUUAUUACUUGCUCACCUAUUGAAGAAGAAACGAGAAACACACGCUGUGAGUCUGUGUCAAACUACUUUAAGGAAACCAAACAAUGCACCGGAAAAUGUUUGGAAAGAACACCUUCGUUCACAGCUGAAUGGGAAGAGAUUGAUAAAAUCAUGAGCUCCAUUGGUGCUGGAAUCAAUACUGGUCUAAAAGGAAAGCAAAUUGAUGCUUCAGGACCCAGAGUUGUAUUUCAGACUGUGGGACGGUGGCUGGAGAGCAUAGGACUACCCCAGUAUGAGAACCACCUGCUGGCAAAUGGAUUUGACAACAUCCAGUUCAUGGGAAGUAAUGUUGUGGAAGACCAGGAUUUGUUGGAGAUAGGCAUCCUUAACUCUUCGCACAGACAACGGAUUUUGCAGGCUGUUCGUGGACUUCCUCGAGUGAAAGUUAUUGGGUAUGAUACAAACAGUCCAACAUCUGUGGCAGAUUGGUUAGAUUCUUUAGAAUUGAAUGAUUACAUCAAGACCUUUCUCGCAAAUGGUUAUACAUCAAUGGAUCUUGUGAAAAAGCUGUGGGAAAUUGAACUCAUCAAUCUAUUGAAAAUCAACCUCCUGGGUCACAGAAAACGAAUCUUAGCAUCACUUGGAGACAGACUUCAUGACGAGCCUCCUCAGAAGCCUCCACGAACCAUUACACUGAGGGUCAGUUGUCCUGAGUCCCGCAAUGCCAUCUUGCAAGAUGAUGUAUAUAUCGUAUCUUGGAUGGACCCUGGGAACAACACUCCUCCUCAACUUUCCCCACCCCUUAGCCAAAGCACUUACACUGGUGGCUCUCUUGAUAUCCCCUCUUCCCAUUUAAUGAUGCAAGGGGACGCAAGAAGGCGAAUCAAUGACAGCUACUUUGAGGAUAUGCCUAGGUCAAAACUGGAAAGACAAAUGGCUCAGCAGGCAGAAUGGAGUGAGCCUUCCAUCACCCUUCGGCCUCCAAAUGAAGCCACAUCAUCAACGCCGGUGCAGUACUGGCAGCAUCAUCCCGAGAAGCUGAUCUUUCAGUCCUGUGACUAUGAGGCAUAUUACUUAGGUUCAAUGUUGGUGAAGGAAUUACGAGGAACAGAAUCAACACAAGACGCAUGUUCUAAGAUGAGGGCUUCAGAACAAAUGAAAAAGAUUCCAACAAUCAUACUUUCAAUUUCGUACAAAGGGGUAAAAUUCAUCGAUGCGACAAAUAAGAAUAUCAUCACAGAGCAUGAAAUAAGGAAUAUUUCUUGCGCUGCUCAGGACCCUGAAGAUCUUUCCACCUUUGCCUACAUCACUAAAGACUUAAAGUCAACUCACCACUAUUGUCAUGUAUUCAGCGCUUUUGAUGUGAAUUUAGCCUAUGAGAUCAUUUUAACACUGGGACAAGCCUUUGAAGUGGCUUAUCAGUUGGCCCUGCAAGCCAGGAAAGGUGCCCAUGGCCCGCCGACAAUGCAAGAUAGCCUUGAAAGCAAAGCUGGCAAACCCAUUCCAAAACCACGAGCAAGUAUCCGGAAAUCUGUGGUGAAACAUCCAAAUAACCGAUGGUCCUUAGAUCAUAUUUACACCCCUCACAGACCUCCCCAUCCACCUCCUCCUCCUCCUCCUCUUCCUUCCAAGUUUCAUCAUUCUCUGCCGCACAAGUUUCAGGAGAUGCAGAAUGGUAAUAAGCCGGAUACCAACAACGAGUGGUCUUUUUUUACAUGAUUUCAUCAAAGACCAGUUUCUAUAAAACACUAGAUCGAUCAACCUCUUCUGGAACAAAAGACUCAUACUAAUGUACCUUGGAUUGUGGAACCAGUGCAAGAAACUAAAAGGGGAAUGAAUACCAAGUACGAGACCACAAUAUUCUAAACCUUAUGUCUCAUUCUCCUCUGUCUGUGCCUUCGCACUCUUGAGCAAUCACUGCAAGCAGCACAUUUUAUCUCCUCUGGUGACCUCUAGCCCAGCGGAGAGGAAACCUGCACUCGCUGAGUGACCUUUAUACAGUUACUGUCAUCACUGCAUGAAGCUGCUCUUUCUCCUUGACAUUAUUCCCACUGUAGCAACAGGAACAGCACUGACACACGACAACUGUCUUUAGACAUUAAAAGCCACUCCAUCAGAAGGACUUAAACUGAUGCAGUUUCAAGAUUUUUCUCUUGGUCUUAAUAUUUUUCUUCAGUCUUUUCUGGCUCAUCACAGAUUUUAGAAGAUUUUAGAGCUCUUACUCAGAAAAUCUCUUCUGCCCAUGUGAACACUUGAAUGCUGCUAAAAGCUGAUAAAAAAUCAAAGCUUUUUUUAAUCACUUUGGACUAUCACUUUUUAACUAAAAGCUGUGAUUUAUGAAUUGCAGCAUUGGGAUAAUAUUAGAAAUGGCAAAGCUAAAAUCUUUCAAUGACUGCUUUUGUUUUGAAAUGACUGCACUGUUCUGGUGGUUUACUAACUGCUUUUAGCAAUUGUUGUGAAUUUCACUAUUGUUUUACUGGAAAUUUCACAGCACAUUUGUUCAAUUCCUGCAGAAUUUCUAGCCCUUAUUUUAAACCGAUCUGUGCUGACAAUAAUGUUGUGGUUUUUUUUUUUUAAAGUAAUGUGGUACUGCAAAAUUUAGUAUGGGAAUAUUGUUAUUUAUUUUUAAUGUAACCAGUAGUGAUUUUUAUGACAUCUUGCUCCAAAAAUUAUGAAAGGUAGAAUGUUUUGAAGCGGGAAAAGAGUCAGGAGUUUUACACAAAGAUGCUAGCUUCCAGUCUUAUUUCUAAACUGUGUUUGAUUGAUAUUUUUUAAAUAGCUUGUACAACAGCAAUCAAGUCAAUUCCUGGUUUAUGAAAAUCUUUGACUAGGGGAGAAAAGAUCAUCAUUCCAAUGUAGUUUAUUGUGAUGUUCCUGAGGUCCCUUUUGGAAUGCAGAUGGUGUUCAUGUCUGAAACCCAAUAGUGUGUUGCACUACAGAUGGAGGCAUAUUUAGUUUAGAGAUACAGCGCGGAAACAGGCCCUUUGGCCCACCGGGUCCGCGCCGACCAGCGAUCCCUGCACAUUAACACUAUCCUACACCCACUAGGGGUCAUUUUUUUUACAUUUACCAAGCCAAUUAACCUACAAACCUGUAAAUGUACACAUGGCACUGGAUAGGUUAGCAGUCCAAGUGCAGUGCUGGAUGCAGAAGAGGUUGCAUUCAGAUUAUGUCAUAACUCUUUCAGAAACUAUAUGGUUUGCAUGCAUGAUUGUUGAAUUUAAAUGAAACAUGGCACAAUUAAUCUAUUUUUGUUCUGUAGUACAAAAGACAAAAUUUCACGAAUAGUGACAUGCUCGGCAGUGUGAAGCAACUUCCACUUCCGACAAAAACUUUGAUCUGGGACUGAUUACUUACAAAACAAAGCAGCAGACCAACUAUUUUUAAACAUGUGAAACCACAAUCAACUGAUCUACUACCUGGAGCAAUCAAUGUUUGUUAAAUAUCAUGCUUCUUUCUUUGCAAAAAAAAAAAAAAUGUAGCGGCACAUAACAUAAUCCUGCUGCAUUGCCUAUUGAAACCACAUUGAGCCAAAGUGUAACUGUGGUAUGUACAGGCAGAAUUAUAAACAAUGGUUUAAUAACAGUUAUAUGACAAUAACUGUUUAAAAAAACUUAUUGUGAAUCAAUUUAAUGUUUAUUUUAGAAUCCUUAUUGAACUUGUGUAAUUAUGGUCUUAAGUUGUUUCAAUGUUACAUUAUUUUUAUAUGAUAUAGAAACUAAGCUGGGCUUAAUGAUAAAGGUCACCCAAAUAUAACUUAAUGGAUGACUAUUAGAGCUUGGGUUGGAAUUGAUAAUCAAAUGUAUAUUGUAUGGUUGGACUGAAUUUUAGUUCAAUUCAGUGUUAAUCUUUUAAUACAGUAUUACAGUACUUGAACAAUGCAGUUUCCUUGUAAAUAUUUUGCCUAUUCACUGUUGAUACAUGUAUGUAGUAACUUGGCAGUUUAAAAAAUAAACCCACUGUAAACAUGGUACCAAAAUGAAAUUGUAUGGGGAUAAAAUAGUGGCCUCGCUGCAACUAAUAAUUGUAUAUAUGCUUGGGCUUCCAGUUACAAAUUUUGUAAUUUUGUCAUUAUUUAUAUCCUGCGAAAGCACAUUAAAUAAACAGGAUGUAUAAAAAUAUGAAA